AUGUCUAUGGGCUCAAACUUGAUGCCCCCACCGCCACCACCUCCUCAGCAGCAGCACCAGUCUCUCGACCAGCACCAUUCGGCCGAUGUUCUGGCAGCGGCCACAUUAUUACAGAAUGGAUCUUCAUCAAGAUCCAACAACACAAGUUCCAGCGCAAUGUUCAGCAACAACAACCGAGACGUGACGCAUUCCCUGGGCCCUCCGGUGGGCCACCUAAGGCACCAGCCCAUGGAGGAUUUCAAACGAGCAGAGCGAGGUAGCGUUGCUCAGACCGACCUGACCGAAAACCACGACGGCACCUUCGCAGACAUGUUCUUCGGCCCGGCGCCCGGCGAAAGAGUGAAUACCCAACGAACGAGCCAGGCUCCGAUCGAUAUCCAGUGGGGUACAGACGCCCGGUUUGGCCGCUCCGAUGCCUUCGUUCCCGACCCCAAAGAAUCAUACGACGCCCUGUCAAAGGGCCAGCUGAGAUACAUGGAAUGUCUGGAACGGAGUGAAAGCACAAACAACACACGGCCCCCAAGCCCGAAUGGCGAACAUGCUUUAGGGAAGGGACACAGCCGGAAAUCUUCCGAGGUCUUGAAGAAGGAGGAGGAUGUCGACGCUCCCCCACGCAAGAGGAGGAAAAGCAGGAACACCAAGGAAGACAUCGACGAGGAGGAUGAGGAGAGCGGCCCUUCGACAAAGGCAGCCCGGAAGCGAAAGACGAAGACGGAGCCUUCUGCCACACCACCAGCAGAGAAUGGAACAGCGAGCCGCAGACGCAAGUCAGGGACGGGCGCCAAACCGCCCCGUGAGAACCUGACGGAGGCUCAGAAACGCGAAAACCAUAUCCGAAGCGAGCAGAAGCGACGGACUCUGAUCAAGGAAGGCUUUGACGAUCUUUGCGAUCUUGUACCUGGCCUAAAAGGUGGCGGCUUCAGCAAGAGCACCAUGCUUACAAUGGCGGCCGAGUGGCUGGAAGAUAUGGUCAAGGGUAAUGAGGAGCUGAAGGCUCAGCUUAACGCACUUUAG